AUGAGCAGUAUUACUCAAGAAAUCCAAGCUCACGAAGUGUCUAACUCGGGUGGUAAGACCGCUUUCAAAGAUUACAUCGGAAAGUACGCCCACAUUGAAGACCCAUUGGAAAGAAGAAGAUUGGCAUUGGAAGAUAUUGAUAAUGCUGGAUUUGGAUGGACCCAAAUAAAGAUGAUCAUGAUUGCCGGUGUUGGUUUCAUGACUGAUUCAUACGAUAUUUUCGCGAUUAACUUGUCUGUUACUAUAUUAUCGUAUGUGUACUGGUCUGGUGUUAUGCCAGAUUCCACCACUACCUUGAUUAAAGUUUCAACCUCGGUUGGUACCGUUAUCGGUCAAUUAGGGUUUGGUAUUAUGGCUGAUGUCGUUGGUCGUAAAAAGAUUUAUGGUUUGGAAUUGAUUGUGAUGAUUGCAGCCACCAUUUUCCAAUGUUGUCUUGGUGAAGCCCCUGGUGUGAACUUUGUGGCAAUCUUCUCCGUAUUGAGAAUCAUUAUGGGUAUCGGUAUUGGAGGUGAUUAUCCAUUAUCGUCCAUUAUUUCUUCUGAAUUCGCUACCACGAAAUGGAGAGGUGCCAUUAUGGGUGCUGUUUUCUCUAACCAAGGUCUUGGCCAAAUUUUAGCCGGUAUUGUUACCAUUGUCUGCGUUGCCGGUUACAAAAAUCAAUUGAUUGGUGCUACUAUUGACUCUGCCACCAAAAUUGCCGACUGUGAUGCUACUUGUCAAAAGGCUUGUGACCAAAUGUGGAGAAUUGUCGUUGGUUUCGGUUGUGUUCCAGGUGUCAUUGCCUUAUACUACAGAUUGACCAUUGCUGAAUCCCCAAGAUACCACUUAGAUGUUGAUGAACAUGAUGACCUUGAAAAAGUUGUUGAAGCUGAAGUUGUCCUUGACAAGGCUGCCGCUGACAUUGCUCCACCAAAGGCUUCUUUCGUUGAAUUCUGGAAGCAUUUCGGUCAAUGGAGAUACGGUAAGAUUUUAAUCGGUACUGCUGGUUCUUGGUUUAUGUUGGAUGUUGCUUAUUAUGGUUUAGGUUUAAACACUGCUACCAUUUUACAAACCAUUGGUUACGCCGGUGGUGACAAUGUGUAUGAUGUUUUAUACAACUCUGCUGCUGGUAACUUAAUUUUAGUUUGUGCCGGUUCCUUGCCAGGUUACUGGGCCACUGUUGCCACUGUUGACAUUAUUGGUCGUAAACCAAUUCAAAUCGGUGGUUUCGUUAUCUUGACUAUUUUAUUAUGUGCUAUCGGGUUUGGUUAUGAUAAAUUGAAGAACGAGACGACUAAUGGUUUAUUAGCCUUAUAUGUCUUAUGUCAAUUCUUCCAAAAUUUCGGUCCAAAUACUACUACCUUCAUCGUCCCUGGUGAAGUUUUCCCAACCAGAUAUAGAUCUUCUGCUCAUGGUAUUUCAGCCGCUUCUGGUAAAGUCGGUGCUAUCAUUGCUCAAACCUGUAUUGGUACUUUAAUUAACCACGGCUGUGCUGCCGAUGAUAAGAACUGUUUCUUACCUCAUGUUAUGGAAAUCUUUGCAUUAUUCAUGUUGAUUGGUAUCUUUACCUCAUUAUUAAUCCCAGAAACCAAGAGAAAGACCUUGGAAGAGAUCGCUGAAAGAUAUCAUGGUGAAAUUGAUACCACUAAGUUAGUUCAAGACAGAAUGACCGAAGCCCCUCGUGGCCAAGAUGAUUCUUUCAGCUCCGAUGCUAAGCAAUAG